AUGGCUUGGACUUCCCUCUUCUUCUUCCUUCUUCAUUUUACAGGUUCUUUCUCCCAACUUACGCUGACUCAGUUGCCCUCUUCCUCUACCUCCCUGGGAGCCUCAGUCAAACUCACCUGCACCUUGAGCAGUGAGCACAGCACCUUCAACAUUGCAUGGUACCAGCAACAACCACUCAAAGCUCCUAAGUAUGUGAUGUAUCUUAAUAAUGAUGGAAGCCACAGCAAGGGUGAUGGGAUCCCUGAUCGCUUCUCUGGAUCCAGCUCUGGGGCUGAUCGCUACCUAACCAUCUCCAACAUCCAGCCUGAGGAUGAAGCUAUCUACAUCUGUGGUGUGGGUGCUACAAUUAGAGGACAAUAUUCACUGUGGUAUGUUUUCGGUAGUGGAACCAAGCUCAGUGUCCUAGGUCAGCCCAAGUCCUCUCCCACACUCACAGUGUUUCCACCUUCCUCUGAGGAGCUCCAGAAAAACAAAGCCACACUGGUGUGUCUGAUUUCCGAUUUCUACCCAAGUGUUGUGGAAGUGACCUGGAAGGCAGAUGGUACACCGAUCACCCAGGGUGUGAACACUGCAAAUCCCACCAAAGAGGGCAACAAGUACAUGGCCAGCAGCUUCUUAAAUUUGACACCAGACCAGUGGAGAUCUCACAACAGAUUUACCUGCCAAGUUACACAUGAAGGGGAUACUGUGGAGAAAAGUCUGUCUCCUGCAGAGUGUCUGUAGAAGCCCAGGUUUCUCCUUAGCCUGGGAACCCUGCAGCUCUAGGACCCUGAGUGGGGUCUCUUCUCUAUGCUAGCCAUCUUAACCUUUCUCUCUUGCUCACUGACUAUUAAAUAAAAUAUCAUUAA